AUGCUUGGAGAAAAGGAGGAAUUAUGCAUCGAUCGCCCUCUCUACGAGGAAUGCUUGGCAAUUUGCAGACUGAGGUACUUGGACUGCCUCUCUUCCUGCGACUCGUCUUUAUGUCACUCGACGUGCUUGGCAAAUUUCUCCGCUUGCGACAAUUCGUGCCCUUGCGGAACUGACUGUCCAACUGGCUGCGUCGAGUGCGAAGAACACCCUCUUUGUAUCGGGAAAUGCGCAGAUGCGGAGCAGAACAACCCCGAGUACAAAUCCUGCUUGAAUGACUCACUCGAUGAGCUGACUGCUUGCAUGAAAACAUGUGAGCCGACCGACACCUGCCAUGAAAAUUGUUGCUCUGGACAUCGAGAAAGGAUGACUGCUUGCCCUUGCUUUCAGUCUCAGGGAACAUCGUCGACAACAUCUCCACCAACAACUCAACAGCCUCUUGAUCCGAGCGAAAUGUCCAUUCUCGUCCUUCGUUACUCGAUUUCUGACGCAUAUGUGAUUUCUGGAGAUGGAAAUUCAAAAGUUUCUGCAACAAUCACCGCUCCAGCUGAUGAUUAUGCGAAGUGGCCUCAGCAUGCGCUCAUUGGAAAUCAGUUGUUUAUUUUUGGUGGCUAUUCGGACAGAAAAAAGAUUGCUGUUCUUGAAGGAUGCAAUUUUGAGCAAAGAUCGGAGAAGCUUUUGAAUGAUAUAGACUACGCAAGUGCUGCUCUUUCUAUUCACGGCAAUUCGCGAGUAUUGAUCUGCUUCUCGGCUGGUUCCAAUAAGAAGCACUGCGAAAUUUUUGAUGGAUCGAGUUCAACGUCCACGACAUCCUCGAAUUACGGGCAUGGUCUUGGAAGACUUGGGUUGUAUAAAAAUCAAGCCACCACUGUUGGUUCUUAUUACGACACGCCGAAAGUGGAAACACUGACAAACAAUGGAUGGAGUGUGAUUGGAGAUCCACCAAUAAGCGGUACUUGGGGUCAUGUCUUGGUCGGGCUUCAGAGCGGAAAUUUACUCAUGCUUGGUGGAGUUAUGCUUGUUGGAGGUAGUAGAUUGGAUCAUGUCUGGCUUCUUUCUAACGACUCCUGGUCGCGAACUGGAACUUUAAAAAACGCUAUCGACAAUCAUUCGUCUCUCCAAAUCAACGGUUCGAUAUUCCUCAUCCCCGGUUAUGGAGUCAAUUACCCCCUUGAAAGAGUCGACAUGGACGAAGACGAAAUUAAAAGCUCCGAAAUAAUUGGCAAUCAUAGCGGUACUGAAGACAUACCUGUCUUGUUUCAAGUCUCCGCUGGAUUUUGCACUUGA